GGAAAAGCAGGUAAACCUGUUAUCACCGGUUGUAUCUCAUUUAACCGCGGUUAAAAUCAUUGACCACUCUAGUUAAAGUCCUCUCUUCCGACACUCCUUCUGGUCCUCCUGCUACCAUUUAUCAUCAUCAUCUUAGAGAGAGAGAGAGAUAAAAAUAACAAAACAAAAUAUUGAGAGAGAGAGAGAGAUAGAAAACUUAGAGAGAGAAAGUGGGUAGUUGAACGAGUCAUCGUCAAUUGAAGGCUUGUUUCUUUGUUUUUGAAGAUCAAGAAGAAGAACGUUGUUGUUGUUGUUGAGUUUUCAUGAAGAGUGGAUGUUUGGGAUGAGAGAUCUGGAAGAAGAAAGAAACAUGGCAUCAUCAGAAGUAUCUAUGAAGGGAAAUUCUGUCAACGGAAAAGGUGAAAACAACGUUGAUGGUGUUGGAGAUGCUCAAAAUGGUUCUUCAUCGUCAUCAACAGGAAGAGAAGCUGAAGCUGCACUUUACAGAGAACUAUGGCAUGCGUGUGCUGGUCCUUUGGUAACAGUUCCAAGAGAAGGAGAACUUGUGUUCUAUUUUCCACAAGGACAUAUUGAACAGGUGGAAGCUUCAACAAAUCAAGCAUCGGAACAACACAUGCCGGUUUACGAUCUCCGACCUAAGAUCCUUUGUCGGGUCAUCAACGUUAUGCUAAAGGCGGAGCCAGAUACUGAUGAGGUGUUUGCACAAGUGACUUUGGUACCAGAGCCCAAUCAAGAUGAAAAUGCUGUUGAGAAAGAAGCUCCACCUGCUCCUCCGCCGAGAUUUCAUGUUCAUUCGUUUUGUAAAACGUUGACCGCAUCUGAUACCAGUACUCAUGGUGGUUUUUCUGUACUUAGACGACAUGCUGAUGAAUGUCUUCCUCCUCUGGAUAUGUCAAAGCAACCACCUACACAGGAAUUGGUGGCCAAGGAUCUGCAUGGGAAUGAGUGGCGUUUUAGGCAUAUUUUUCGCGGUCAACCGCGUAGACAUUUGCUGCAGAGUGGUUGGAGUGUUUUUGUCAGUUCUAAGAGGCUGGUUGCUGGGGAUGCAUUUAUAUUUCUGAGAGGUGAGAAUGGGGAGCUUCGAGUUGGUGUCAGGCGUGCAAUGAGACAGCAGGGUAAUGUUCCAUCCUCGGUUAUCUCUAGCCAUAGCAUGCAUCUUGGUGUUCUUGCAACUGCCUGGCAUGCUGUUUUGACUGGGACCAUGUUCACUGUUUAUUACAAACCCCGGACUAGUCCAGCGGAGUUUAUUGUUCCGUAUGAUCAAUACAUGGAGUCUCUAAAAAAUAAUUAUACAAUAGGCAUGCGGUUCAAAAUGAGGUUUGAGGGUGAAGAGGCUCCUGAGCAAAGGUUUACGGGUACCAUUGUUGGAAUUGAAGAUUCCGACUCCAAAAGAUGGCCAACAUCUAAAUGGAGAUGUCUCAAGGUUAGAUGGGAUGAAACAUCUAACAUACCUCGUCCUGAGAGAGUUUCCCCUUGGAAAAUAGAGCCUGCUCUUGCUCCUCCAGCUCUAAAUCCUCUUCCAAUGCCCAGGCCUAAAAGGCCCCGUGCUAACGUGGUGCCGUCAUCCCCAGAUUCUUCUGUUCUUACCCGCGAAGCAUCGUCAAAAGUAAGCAUGGACCCUUUGCCCACUAGUGGUUUCCAGAGGGUCUUGCAAGGUCAAGAAUCAUCGACCUUGAGAGGAAAUUUGGCUGAAAGCAACGACUCUUACACUGCAGAGAAGUCUGUUGCGUGGACUCCUGCAACUGAUGAAGAAAAGAUGGAUGCUGUUUCUACUUCAAGAAGGUAUGGUUCAGAGAACUGGAUGCCAAUGUCAAGGCAGGAACCAACGUAUUCGGACCUUCUGUCGGGAUUUGGUAGUACCCGUGAAGGCAAACAUAACAUGCUUACUCAAUGGCCUGUAAUGCCACCUGGUCUGUCGCUAAAUUUCUUGCACUCCAAUAUGAAAGGUUCUGCACAAGGCAGUGAUAAUGCAACUUACCAAGCUCAAGGGAAUAUGAGAUACAGUGCAUUUGGUGAUUACUCAGUGCUUCAUGGACAUAAAGUUGAAAAUCCACACGGAAACUUUUUGAUGCCACCACCACCACCAACACAAUACGAGAGUCCCCAUUCCAGAGAAUUGUCACAGAAACAAAUGUCUGCAAAAAUAAGUGAGGCUGCAAAACCAAAAGACAGUGACUGUAAGCUAUUCGGCUUCUCGCUUCUCAGUAGCCCAACUAUGCUGGAGCCUUCAUUAUCUCAAAGAAAUGCUACAAGUGAGACUUCUAGUCACAUGCAAAUUUCAUCACAACAUCACACAUUUGAAAAUGAUCAGAAGUCCGAACAUUCAAAGAGCUCCAAACCAGCAGAUAAACUAGUCAUAGUUGAUGAGCAUGAGAAGCAGUUGCAAACUUCUCAGCCUCAUGUUAAAGAUGUUCAACUCAAACCUCAAAGUGGUUCUGCUAGAAGCUGCACGAAAGUUCACAAGAAAGGGAUUGCGCUUGGUAGGUCAGUUGAUCUUACAAAGUUUAGUGACUAUGACGAAUUAACUGCUGAAUUGGAUCAGCUAUUUGAAUUUAGAGGUGAACUAAUAUCUCCACAAAAGGAUUGGCUUGUUGUCUUCACUGAUAAUGAGGGUGACAUGAUGCUUGUUGGCGACGAUCCAUGGCAGGAGUUUUGUUCAAUGGUUCGCAAAAUAUAUAUCUACCCCAAAGAAGAGAUUCAGAAAAUGAGCCCGGGUACACUGAGUUCAAAAAAUGAAGAGAAUCAUUCAGCUACCGAUGGUGGAGAUGCACAAGAAACUAAAUCUCAGCUGAAUCAAUCAGCUUCAGAUAAUUGAUUAUUUGGUAGAUUGGAUUUUCUUAGCAUCCAGAUUCCGGAUUUUGGAAUGGAAAGAAGUAGAGGACUGUCAUAAAGCCAGCCAGCCAGUUAGAGAAAAUGUGUAUGACCUGAACAAGUAACUUUUUAAUUCUGAAGAGUAUGUGUUUGGAAUCAGAAUAUGGAGUAGAGUUUCCAUCCGAUUUUGGACCGUGUCGUGGAUUUAGUGUUAGUAGUAUAUUUAUAUAUAUGACUUUCCAAUUAUAAUAUAUAGUCCUAGUAUAUAUAAAUAGUAUAGUAAGUAAUUGUGUCUUGAGCUAGGCAAUAUGGUAUGGGGUGUAUUGACCUGCAUUUUUCAUCAAUCCUUGUUCAUAGUUUCUUUUCCAUCUCUCUAGAAGACAAGAACCCCUUCCCCCUCAACCCCCAUUAAUGUAAUUAAGUAGUUCAUAUACAAGUGCGGUUUAUCUGAUUUUUAUUUUUGAUUGACACUUAUUUUUAGUAGAAAAAUUUGUGCUAGUAAUAGUAGUAUGUGGAAAAUUUAUUGAGGAAAUCAAUUUGCA